AUGAUGGAAAUUAUACUCAAUAUGAAUUUGAUGUUAUUAGUAGAAGAUAAUUUAAAUAUUUUAUAGAUUUAUUCUUUUUUGAAAAGCUAAUAAAUGUCAACUCAAUCAAAAGCUUUGAUGAAUAAAAACAAAAAUUUUAAUUUAUUUUCAUCGGGAAAAAGAAUGAAUACAAUAAAGUAUAUAGAACAUUUGUUGAACUUUCAAAAAAAAAUUUUUUAUAUACAUUUAUAGAAAGUGAAAAUCAAGAGAUUUUAAGUAGAUUUUUUAUUUAACAAGAUUAAAGCGAUUAAAAUGGAAAAGAGAGCGAAAGUGAAGCAGCUUAUUUAAUAAUUGUUAGAAAAUAUGAUAAAUUUGAUAAAUAUUUAAGAGUGUUGUAUGAUAACGAUAAGGCAGUAGAAAGAACUAUUAAGUUCUUUGAAGACAAUUAAAAACCAUAUCGCUUAUACACAUUUAAUCACAGAGUAAGAAAAUAUUUGA